AUGGCUGAGAAACUGUUGCAGCCGCGCACCACUGUCUCUUACAAUCGUUCGCAAGCAGGGUGGCAGUUACUCGGUCACAGCUUGGUCUGGACUCUCGCAGCCAAGACUGUCGCUAUCCUCUCCGAUCCCAUUUCUGGUGAUGAGAUAGCCCCUGACAAUGCGCAUGAACCUGGUCCACUCCUUGGCAAAGGUUCAGACUAUUUUAGCAAACUUCAAGCAUCUCAUGAUGCGAACAAGAGCAAGGCGAGGCAAAGCCCGGCCCCAGCGGUACAGCAAGGGACCACGGGUUUACAAAAUCUCAAUACUUGUGUUAUGAAUUCCGCGCUCCAGUGCCUGACCCAUAUUCCCGAACUCGAGGAAUACUUCCUUUCCGGUCUUUAUAAGCAAGAGCUGAACUACGAUAACCCUCUCGGCAUGCAGGCUCAUCCGCCAAGCCUGCGACAAAGAGCUAUGGGUGAGGCAACUCCACAAACUCGCUAUCAACAGCAUGAUACUCAACAGUUUCUCGGGUUCUUGUUGGGCGGAUUGCACAAGGACUUGAAUCGAGUGCUCAAGAACCCAUACGUCAAGAAACCCGAAUGGCCAGAAGAAGGCGGUAACGAAAAGGCGGUUGCAAAGGAGACCUGGGAAGGGUACAAGAAGCGAAACAAAAGCAUAAUCGUUGAUCUCUUUCAGAGUAUGUACAAGAGCACGCUUGUAUACCCCGAAUGUAGCAAAAUCUCAAUCACAUUCGAUCCCUUUAUGUAUCUCACGCUUCCUCUGCCUGUGACGAAAACAUGGCGGCACAUUAUUCAUUGGGUUACCUGGGAUACGAGAAAACGUACGCUGGCCGUCGAAAUCGAGGUUCCAAAGGACCCGAGCUAUGGAUAUCUGAAGAAGCUGUUCGCCAAAUGGUUCAGGGUCAAAGCGGAAAGUCUCCUUGCGGCGAAAGUAUGGUCGCAUAAAUUCUACAAGUUUUACGACGACUAUGUGAAUUUGACCGAACUCGCCAAGAAAGAUACCCUAGUCGCAUACGAACUUCCCGUUCCCGUCAAAUCUAUCGCCAAACCUCCUCCUCAAACGUCCUCGUUUACAUUUGGCGCUAAACCAAAACCAUCUCCAAAACCGACCCAAGCGCCCCAUUCCUGCUACCUGGAUUCCACAUCUCCGAGGCUCAACGCAGUACAGCGUUUGGCGUACCGUUCUUUGUUGCCACUUAGCAAGGACGAAGAUGGCGAAGGGGAGUUGGUUGAACAAAUACCUCCCAAGGCGGACGAGGCGGACGAAGCUGUGACGAAGAUCAGGCCACAAGCCGACGAGAUGAAGGUCGAGGUGGUUCGAGAUGUGGAGAUGCAAGCUGCCCAGGAAAUCGUGGCCAAAGAGGAAGCGUCUACGGAGCACGCUCAGGAUGACGGAAAACUCGCGUCUCUUGCUGAACCGCAAGGGGAAGAGGACUUCGAGGUAAUUGGUCCGCAAACCGAAUUAUUCGAACUACAACUAUUUAACUCGGUAACAGCGACUAGGAUCGAAACAGGGCUCAAUAUGAAUGCUUCUUCCGUUCGAUGGGUUGACUGGAAUACGCUAAUUGUCGAGAAGCUGUCCCAACCCACGCCGCUGGUCAAGCCCACCGACGCUCUCGUACGCCAGUGGUCAUUGCCAAUGCAGACACAUUUCUUUGGCUCCGAGUCUUUGCUUUUUGACGAGUGGGAGGAGCAUUCUAUCGAUCUCGAAGAUUGUCUCAACGAGUUCACGAAGGAAGAGCAACUUGGCGAGGAAGACCUCUUGUAUUGUCUUAGGCGCAAAAAGCAUCAGCAAGCAACCAAAAGAUUCGAGCUCUGGUCCGUACCCAAUAUAUUUGUUGUCCGCCUCAAACGUUUCUCCAACGCCCGCGCCAUGCAAGAUAAGAUCCAUGCUCUCGUUGAGUUCCCGAUCUCUGAACUUGAUCUGAGUACACGAGUUGGGGAGAGCGGUCAAUCGGAUGAAUGCGUGUAUGACCUAUUUGCAGUUGAUGAGCAUAUGGGCGUUCUUGGUGGAGGUGACUAUUGGGCAUAUGCAAAGAACUUGUCCGAUGGCAAAUGGUACCACUUUGAAGAUAGUUAUGUCAGCAAGUCAAGCGCUGAAGACUCGGUCAAUGCUAACGCAUCUUUGUUAUUCUACCAAAGACGCUUGUCAGAUUCUAAGGCUGUAAUAGAGAAGAUUUGUACACGCGUCUACUCAAAUCAGGGGCCUGACUCCCAAAAGUCUAUUGACAUGGGAGGGCAGCUUCCUAUGAUUUCCCGGGGCCAUACAGAUCCCAACCUUGGUGGCUCCAACAACAACCCCACCUUCACCACACCAUCACCAGUGACCACCGGCUCCGCUGGUGCCAAGUACAAUUCACUUAAAGAGAAAGACCAAGAUGGAGUAGAGGGGCUAGGAGGGGUUGCGGUUGAGGUUACAACCACCACAACCAUGGAGAGGAAAGAGUUAUAG